GAGCCCCGAGAGCUGGGGGACGGAUGUCCGUGACUCUGGGAUCUCGGGAACCCAGAGACGGGGAGGGAGACGCCGUGUUCCUUAAGAGGGAGGAUACGUUUCCUCACCAUCUAUCCAAUGGAGAUUCCUCUUCCCUACUUAACAGGAAUAGGCAAAGGGUGUCCAUGGACAGUACGGCUGCCCCGCCUCUUCCUGGGGGGCCGGCACGUGAUACCGGAAGUGGGUGGGGAUAAUAUGGAGGAGCUUCCGGCAGGCCCCGGCGGCUGAAAGCCGGGGCAGAAGUGCUGGUCUGGGUCGGGGUUCCGGGGUCAGCCCCGCCGAGGCGGCGACUUCGGUAGGAGGGCGGAGGUUUUGGACGCGCUGGCCCCCACCUCUGUGCAGCGUUAUUUCCCUUCAAAAUGAACUAUAUGCCCGGCACCGCCAGCCUCAUCGAGGACAUUGACAAAAAGCACUUGGUCCUGCUUCGAGAUGGAAGGACACUUAUAGGCUUUUUAAGAAGCAUUGAUCAAUUUGCAAACUUAGUGCUACAUCAGACUGUGGAGCGUAUUCAUGUGGGCAAAAAAUACGGUGAUAUUCCUCGAGGGAUUUUUGUGGUCAGAGGAGAAAAUGUGGUCCUACUAGGAGAAAUAGACUUGGAAAAGGAGAGUGACACACCCCUCCAGCAAGUGUCCAUUGAAGAAAUUCUAGAAGAGCAAAGGGUGGAACAGCAGACCAAGUUGGAGGCAGAGAAGCUGAAAGUGCAGGCCCUGAAGGACCGAGGUCUUUCCAUUCCUCGAGCAGAUACUCUGGAUGAGUACUAAGUCUUGCCCAGAGGCUGUUGCUCUUGAAGAGUAGGGGCUGUCACUGAGUGAAAGUGACAUCCUGGCCACCUCACACAGUUGAUCAGAGACUGUAGAGUUUUGAAAAAUCACUUUUAUUUUUCAUUCUUUUUUUUUUUUUUUGAGAUGGAGUU